AUCCUUGUUCUCUUCUUCAUUCUAUCUGUCUUUCCCAGGUGUACUUCCAGUCCCAAGACAUGUCCUGCUACUCCCAGUGUGUGCCAUGCCGGCCCUGUGGACCGACUCCUCUGGCCAGCAGCUGCAAUGAGCCCUGUGUCAGGCAGUGCCAGAACUCCACCAUCGCCAUCGAGCCCUCUCCCGUGGUGGUGACCCUGCCCGGACCCAUCCUCAGCUCCUUCCCGCAGAACACCGUUGUGGGCUCCUCCACCUCCGCUGCUGUUGGCAGCAUCCUCAGCUCUGAGGGCGUGCCCAUCACCUCGGGGGGCUUUGACUUGUCCGGCUUGGGCAGCCGCUACUGUGGCAGAAGGUGCCCGCCCUGCUGAAGCCGCUGGCCGUGGUCCCGGAGAAAUUCGUCCAGAAAACAUGAACG